UGUAUCCAUCUUUUCUCAUUGACUCAAAAAAAACCAACCUUGUUCUGCCAAAGAUAUGCUCAAGAUUUUCUUUCUUUAACUUUUUCCUCUUUGUUUCGGUAGCCGUUUCUGCUUCUUCUCUCCCACUCCCUCAUUCUUGUGCAACUUCUUAGAAACAAUGCAUAGCUUCAAGUCUUCUGUAUCACAGGCUAUUGCUCUCACCAGCUCUGAUGUCUAUUGCCACUCUCAGUCACCCUUUUACCUCAGGGGUGAAGAAGGUGGUAGAAAUGGGGGACGCUUUUCGGACCUUGGGGAGCUCGAGCAGUCGGCUGGAAAUGGGUUUCAUCAUGAUGAUACUAUUAACUUAAGCAGAACCUCAAUGUACAAUGAUUUGAAGGCAAGCAAUGUUUCUGUUGUGUCUAGUAACUUGCAGUUUGGUGGCCUCAACAACAGCUUGGGUUCAGCAGAGAUGGUUUCAUCAGCAACAGGGGUUGAUUCAAGCCAGUUCAUCUCACACAAGGGAACAAUCAUGGGUGUCUGCGGCGGCGGUGGUGGUGGUGGUGCUAUGGGAAAUGGUCAGUUUGAAAACUGGGGUGAUUCAGGGGUGGUGGCAGAUCAUAGCCAGCAGACUGACACUUCUACAGACACUGAUGAUAAAAACCAGUAUCCUGGAGUGCACAAUGAAAGAUUGAUGGGCAUGGACUCAUUGGACCAAUCGAAUGGAAAAAUCGGAGACCAAAAGGCACUGCGUAGGCUAGCUCAGAAUCGUGAAGCAGCAAGGAAGAGCCGAAUGAGAAAAAAAGCCUAUGUUCAACAGCUUGAGAGUAGUCGGCUGAAGCUCACGCAACUAGAGCAGGAGCUGAAAAAAGUGCGGCAACAGGGUGUGUUUGCUGCAUCCGGAUAUCGUGCAGAUCAUUCUCUUGGUGGAAAUGGUGCUUUGGCAUUCGACCUAGAUUAUGCUAGAUGGCUUGAUGAACACCAUCGGCUGGUCAACGAUCUCAGAGCUGCUGUAAAUUCUCAUGUUGCUGACUGUGAACUCCGGCUUCUUGUUGAGGAUGUGAUGUCUCAUUAUGAUGAGAUAUUCCGUCUUAAGAGCGUUGGUGCAAAAGCAGACGUCUUCCACUUACUCUCCGGCAUGUGGAAGACUCCGGCUGAGAGGUGCUUCAUGUGGUUGGGAGGAUUCCGCUGCUCUGAGAUUCUCAAGAUACUCGGAAAUCAAAUCGAGCCUUUAACAGAGCCACAGUUGGUGGGGAUUUGCAACUUGCAGCAAUCCUCCCAACAGGCUGAGGAUGCCUUGUCUCAAGGGAUGGAAGCUCUGCAACAGUCGCUCGUCGAGACACUUUCCACAAAUGCCCUCGCCCCCCGUAACUCUGUAAACGUGGCCGACUACAUGGGGCAGAUGGCCAUUGCCAUGACCAAGCUUGCCACACUCGAGAAUUUCCUUCAUCAGGCCGAUCUCCUGAGACAGCAGACACUGCAACAACUGCAACGAAUACUAACAACCCGCCAAGCUGCCCGUGCCCUUCUAGCCAUCAGCGAUUACAGAUCAAGGCUCCGAGCCCUGAGCUCGCUGUGGCUAGCACGCCCUAAGGAAUGAUCUCUCGUAUUCUCAUGUUCGUCAUGGCUGCUUUGCCUACUCGCCAUGUAAGUAAAGCUUUUUCUAGUGAGGCUUGUUGAUCAGUGGCUUAACUAUAAAACCUUUUCUGUAUCUAAGAAUCAUUUCUCCCACGCAAUUUAAUGAUUUUUCUUCA